AUGGGUUCCAGAAUCCGGGUGCCAUUCACCAGGCGUGAAUGGGAUUUAAUGAAAGAGUAUUACAUGAGCAGUGAUGUUGAUAAACUUAAGGAGGCUGUUGCAAUGGCAGGCGAUAGUGUACAUGUUGCGGCUGAAAUGACAGAACUGCUUCUUAGAGCUAUUAUCUUAGACAGAGAAACUGAUCCUAGAGACUGGUUUGGCCUUGGCUAUCUUCGUAUCGUUUAUAGUACAGUUAUAAUUAGAGUUGUCAAUUAUGCGAGUGAAAUUGGGCAGUCGAAUAUGUCGUCUCCACGAACAGUUUUAAAUGCUGCUCGAGAGCUAGGAAUUCCGGAUUGGGUUGUAGAAGUCAGACAUGCAGCUGCUCAUAAGCUUUUUCCUUCUAUUCCCACAUUCCGAAAGGCCGCAGCGUUCUGUCACAACUGGCUCUGGAGUAGCUCAUCAGAAAUACACUGGGGUCGUCCCGUGGAGGAAGCAAUGAAUGCUGUAAUGAAAGAAGAGACUGUCACCCCUUGUGAGGAGGCGGUCGGGCUUAUUACAAAGUACAUAACUUACCGCAUGAAACAUCCCGACAAAAAGGUUAGUGAUCAAGAAAUUCGUUCCAGCGGCGUUGUUCACGAAGUGUAUAAUUUUAUUGUUGCAGAUGCAAGGGACAGAGGUGUGGUACAGGAUAGUUUAGUAAAAGAUAAAAUCGAGAAACGGCUUAUUAAUUCUUAG